AAGGCCUCUUUUGUCUUCUCUCCUUCUCACAGUGGCGCAUAACACUGGCUCCAAAUUUCCCAACUAAAACUACUUUUCAUCGCUCAUCUCUAUCUCUUUCCACAGCCGUUGUACUGGUUUCGAUUCUUCUCUUCGAUCGUCAACAUUUUUGCUCGAUUACCCUCACCAUUUCUUAUCCUAUAAAACUAACAGACCAGGCAUUUCCCAUUCCACUGAUCGAUUACUUAGGGUUUUUAGUGUCGCCUUGUUUUACUUCGGUGGUGGUGUAUUUUCGGGUGCGGCGGUUGAGGUUUAGGGUUUUCUCGAUGGAGGAGGAUUCUAAGACAAAGGGAUUAGAGAGCUUGUUAGCGGCUCGCAGAUCUCUUCAAGCAAGCCUUGAUCGGUCUCGUGCACUGGCUUCAGCUCUCGAACGUGCUGGCCCCCGCAUCGAUGAGAUCCAGCAGCGUCUCCCCUCCUUGGAGGCUGCAGUCCGGCCGAUCCGCGCUCGCCGCGAGGCUCUAGCGUCCGCAGCAGGCCAUAUCGACCGUGCCGUUGGCCCUGCCGCCGCGGUCCUCAAAGUCUUUGACGCAGUUCAUGGCCUCGAGCAUUCUCUCCUCGCAGACCCCGGCACAGACCUUCCUUCCUACCUUUCCCUCCUCCAACGCCUCGAGGAAGCCCUCCGCUUCCUCUCUGACAAUUGUAGCCUUGCCGUCCAGUGGCUUGACGACAUUGUGGACUAUCUUUCGGACCAUUUAUUAGCCGACUCCCGCUUCAUCUCUCUCCUCAAGUCAUCCCUCGAGUCACUCAAGUCCUCUUCCGCACCACUUGAUGGCGGCCUUCUUAUUGCCGCCUUAGACAGGCUGGAGGGAGAGUUUCGCCGCCUCUUGGUUGAUCACUCCUUCCCCAUCCCCAUGACCACUUCGGGCGAUGAGAAUGCCAUCGCUCCGUCUCCUCUUCCCGUGCAGGUCAUUGCCAAGCUCCAGGCAAUCCUCGAGCGGAUGAAAGCAAAUAGUCGUCUUAACCGAUGUGUCGCGAUCUAUGUCGAGGUCCGUGUCUCCAAUGUCCAAGCCAGCCUCCGUGCCCUCAACCUAGACUACCUGGAGAUUACUCAGACAGAAUUUGAUCACGUGCAGAGCAUCCAGGCAGACAUUGAGAAAUGGGGGCGUCAUCUGGAAUUUUCAGUGAAACAUCUCUUUGAGGCGGAGUACAAGCUCUGUGCUGAUGUGCUGGAGCGGGCUGGGCCACCGGAAUUGUGGACAGGAUGCUUUGGAGAGAUUGCAGCACAGACAGGUAUUCUAGCCUUCCUCCGGUUUGGGAGGACAGUUACUGAGAGCAAGAAGGAUCCUAUUAAGCUGCUUAAGCUGCUUGACAUAUUCAACUCUUUGAACAAGCUAAGAUUGGAUUUUAAUCGGCUAUUUGGUGGUAAAGCUUGUGCUGACAUCCAGAAUCAAACAAGGGAUCUAAUAAAGAGGGUGAUCAAUGGUGCCUGCGAGAUUUUUGGGGAGCUUUUGGUUCAGGUGGAGUUGCAGAGAACAAACCCACCGCCAUCUGAUGGUGGUGUACCGAGGCUAGUUAGCUUCAUUACAAAUUACUGUAACACCCUUCUUGGGGAGGAUUAUCGUCCCAUUCUUACUCUUGUUCUGGUCAUACAAAGAAGCUGGGAGCAGAAGAAAUUCCAGGACAGUCUCCUCGUUGAUGCCAUCCUGAAUAUAAUGAAGGCCGUUGAAGCCAACUUUGAGAACUGGUCCAAACUUUAUGAGGAUGCUACGCUUUCAAAUCUUUUCAUGAUGAAUACCCACUGGCAUUUCUUUAAGAACUUGAAGGGCACCAAGCUUGGUGAGCUUUUGGGCGAUACAUGGCUAAGGGAACAUGAACAGUACAAGGACUAUUAUGCUAAUUUCUUUUUUAGGGAGAGCUGGGGGAAGCUCCCCUCAUUGUUAAGCAGGGAUGGUUUGAUUCUUUUAUCUGGAGGAGGAAGGGCUACUGCUAGGGAUCUGGUGAAGAAGAGAUUGAAAGCUUUUAAUGAAAUGUUUGAUGACAUGUAUCAGAAGCAGUCCAGUUGGGUUAUUUCUGAUAAUGAUUUGAGGGUGAAAACAUGCCAGGUGAUUAUUCAGGCCAUAGUUCCCAUUUAUCGUAGCUAUAUGCAGAACUAUGGCCCUCUGGUAGAACAAGAUGCCAGUGCAAGUAAAUAUGUUAAAUACACUGUAGAGGGAGUGGAGAAAAUGCUAGGAUCUCUCUUUCAGCUUAGACUUGAGAGGUCUAUGAGCUUAAAGCCUAGACAAACAAAUGGAAAAGUUAGUCCUGCCAUGAUAAACAAAUGUCACACUAUGCCAACCGUUAUGUGAGGAUGAUUCAUCCCCUGAUUUCCUUAAAGGGGAUGAAACAUACAUUUCUUGUAUAUACUCUGGUUCCGAAUUGGAAUCGGAGAGCUAUCCCACAAUUUUGUUGCAGUAAUGAGUGCAUAUUUCUACUGAUAAGCUGAUGAAGAUAAAUUAUAUUUUUGGAUCCCAAGUAGUUUAUGAUGGAGUCACCUAAUUGGAGAAUACCAGCCAUCCCACUAAAAGAUACGACCUCUCAUACUUGGACUCAGGAUACUGGUGGCAUGGUUGUUUCUUUCUCAUGUAGUUUUAUUUGAGUUCUGUAUGAGACAUUUGGCCACUACAACCCAGACAGUCUAGUCACAUCUAGAUUGGUUUUUGCUACAGAAAAGUAAAUUUGCUUCACGUCUAUUUUAUGAAAAAUGAUAAGUGUUCAAAGCUCUAGUAAAAAGCAUAUGAUAGUUUUUUAAGUGAAGUGAACAAUGCAUUCUUCAGCUGUUCUGUGAUUGAGCUAUGUUUGUUGGAGUGUUUGGGUGAAUCCUUCCCCCCAUUUUAUUUCAGUCUUAACUAGUUUGGCGUUUAUUUUGGUUUUGUUUGAAGCAGGAUUUUCACUAUAUUUCUUUUCACCAUAUAACUUCCAUAGUACUAUGUAGUCAUUUUUAAGGUUAAAUUUAGCUUUUUAAAACUGGGUUUGCUUGAGUUUAGAAAGCAAGCAAAGUCAUUUUGAGCUAAAUCUAUUAAUAUUGAGGAAAUCAUCCUUAAGUCAAAGCUGAUUAACUUUAAAUUUUAGCCGAUUAAAAUUCAGGCAGUUGUUAGAUGAGUUUCGAACAAUGUUACCCGC